AUGGCAACUGAAACCUCGACCCGGCCUCGCGUCUUUUUUGACAUUUCCAUUGGCGGCAAGGCAGCCGGCCGCAUCACAAUGGAACUCUACUCCGACCUGGUGCCUAAGACGGUUGAAAACUUUCGCUGUCUCUGCACGGGCGAGAAGGGCAACGGCAAGUCAGGCAAGCCGUUGCAUUACAAGGGUUCCAUCUUCCACCGGGUGAUUAAGCAGUUUAUGAUUCAGGGUGGUGACUUUACUGCUGGCGAUGGCACCGGCGGCGAGUCCAUCUACGGCAACAAAUUCGAGGACGAGGCGUUUCCCUUGAAGCAUGAGAAGCCAUUCCUCUUGUCCAUGGCCAAUGCCGGUCCUAACACCAACGGCUCCCAAUUCUUCAUCACCACAGUCCCCACCCCUCACCUAGACGGCAAGCACGUCGUAUUUGGCGAAGUCCUCAACGGCAAAUCCAUCGUCCGCCAAAUCGAGAACCUCAAGACCGAGUCCGGCGACAAACCCAUCAAGGAAGCCCUCAUCGCCAACUGCGGCCAGCUCACCGGCGACGAGGCCCUCCAAGCCAACGUCACCCAACCCGACGCCAUGGGCGACCCCCACGAAGACUACCCCGAGGACUGCAAAGGCGAGCUCGACGCCCAGACCAUUCUCAAAAUCGCCUCUGACUGCAAAGACUACGGCAACAAGGCCUUCAAGGCCGGCAACAUCGUCGUCGGCGUGGAAAAGUACGAAAAGGGCCUCCGCUACCUCAACGAGGACCCGGACCUAGACAACGAACCCGCCUCCACCAAGCAGAGCCUCGAUGCCCUCCGCUUCUCUCUCAACAACAACUCCGCCCUGCUGAGCGUCAAGCUCGAGGCCUGGGACGAUGCCAUCCGCCACGCUACCUCUGCGCUCAACGUGUCCGGUGCGUCGGACGCGGAUCGCGCAAAGGCCUUUUACCGUCGUGGCGUCGCCAACGUGCGUGCCAAGGAUGAGGAGGCUGCGCUCAAGGAUCUCGAGGAGGCGAGCAAGUUGGCUCCCAAUGAUGCCAUGGUUACCAAGGAACUGGCCUCGGUCAAGGCCAAGGCUACUGCGCGGGCGGCCAAGGAAAAGGCUGCGUUUAAGAAGUUCUUUUCUUGA